UGCACCGAGCGAUCAGAGCUCCUUCUCCCUCUGGGCCUCCUGCAGCUGGUGGCUCUGCUUCUGCUUCAGGCCCCCCUUCUAUCCCCAGCUUACCGCCAUGGGCCCCUCGGUACACUCGAACGGAUGGGACGUUCGUGAAACCGAACGAGACCAUGCUGAAGGAUGGCCAGACCGCUAUGGCCUACUACAGGAGCAUGUGGACUCCGAAGGACAUUGAGGCGGCAAAGGGCCUUUCCCAGAAGGACGUGUUCAGUCGCUUUCCCCAAUCUGCUAUGGAGACAUUGUUCGGGAUGAUGGCCAUGCAGAAGCAGGUGGAAAUGGGGAACGCCAGGGCCCGAAAGUAUUCUGACAGCCUGGAGGUGGCUAAUAAAGAAAACGACCUCCUUGCCAUGAAGAAUACCGAGGUGCUGGUUCGGCUUGACAAAGCCGAGCAAGAGAGAGAUGUCCUGAAAAAGGAGAAUGAUUCCCUUCAGGAUGAGAAGGACGCCCUCCAGCUUGAGAAGAGCGUCUGGCAGACUGAGCAGGAAUCACUCAGAGAAGAGAAGGCAGAACUCCAACGCCUUCUAGCUGAUGAACAGUCUGCUCGGAUGGCUUUUGAAAAAAGAGCUCUGGACGAGCGUACCGCUCUGAUCGACGCUAUCAGCAGAGUGGGUGGUGGGAUGCUGGCCCUUCACGCUCGGUUCUCCAGGGUCGGUGCUCUUCGGUAUGCUCAAGGAUUCCGGGAAGGUUUCGCCGACCGGGUUCCGGAUGAGGGACAGACCAGCUCCACUCCGGAUGAGGUAGACAAGGAUCUGGGGAUCGAACCCCUGGGGGUCUAUGUCGACCCAGAACCCACCGAAGCGGAACGUAUAUUUGAUGAGUGCCAGGACAUCGCAUCCUCAAGGAUCAUCACAGCUCCUCCUACCGCUCUGCCACUGACCGCUCCCCAAUCGUCAACUGUGGCUCCCUCUGUAGCCACUGCUGACGCUGAACCCCAGCCGAACGACUCAGUUAUUCACCUGGAUUCCCCACCUCAUGAAGAUCCUGCCACAAUCGAGCAACUCGUGGUUGCGUAG